AUGGUAAGUCCCAAACUCUGCCCCACCACGUCAUACUACUCCCAUCGCGACCUGAGUGCUGGCGCGACAGAAGCUGCCUUCACCUCCAGGCCCGAGACCUUGGCCAAGUACCUCAAGCUUGACCAGAAGGGCUCAAUUAUGGCCGAGUACAUCUGGAUCGACGCUGAUGGCGAGACCCGUUCCAAGUCGAGGACUCUCAAGGAGAAGGAGUACACCCCCGAGGACCUUCCUAUGUGGAACUUUGAUGGUUCCUCCACCAACCAGGCUCCCGGCGACAACUCUGAUGUCUACCUGAAGCCCGUUGCUGUCUUCCCCGACCCAUUCCGUGGAUCUCCCAACAUCCUCGUCCUCUCCGAGUGCUGGAACGCCGAUGGCACCCCCAACAAGUACAACUACAGACAUGAGUGCGCCAAGUUGAUGGAGGCUCACGCCGCUCACGAGCCCUGGUUCGGUCUCGAGCAGGAGUACACUCUGCUCGACCUCAGCAACCGCCCCUUCGGCUGGCCCGCUAACGGCUUCCCUGCUCCCCAGGGCCCCUACUACUGCGGUGUUGGUGCCGGCAAGGUCGUCCAGCGCGACAUCGUUGACGCCCACUACAAGGCCUGCCUGUACUCUGGCGUCAAGAUCUCUGGUACCAACGCCGAGGUCAUGCCCGCCCAGUGGGAGUUCCAGGUCGGUCCCUGCACCGGCAUUGAGAUGGGUGACCACCUCUGGCUUGCUCGCUUCCUCCUGGCCCGCAUUGCCGAGGAGUUCGGCGCCAAGGUCUCCGUUGAGCCGAAGCCCAUCCCCGGUGACUGGAACGGUGCCGGUCUCCACUCUAACUUCUCCUCUAAGGAGAUGCGUGUUGAGGGUGGCAUGAAGCACAUCGAGGCUGCCAUCAAGAAGCUUGAGGGUCGUCACAAGGAGCACAUUGCCGUCUACGGUGAGGGUAACGAGAAGCGUCUCACUGGCCGCCACGAGACCGGCUCCAUCGAUUCGUUCUCUUACGGAGUUGCCAACCGUGGUGCUUCCAUCCGUAUCCCCAGAGAGUGCGCCCAGAAGGGCUACGGCUACUUCGAGGAUCGCCGCCCCGCCUCAAAUGCCGACCCCUACAGAAUUACUGGUAUUCUGAUGGAGACUAUUUACGGUUCUGCCGAGUAA